CAGGAGCUGUGAGGGCAGCACAGGUGUGUCUGGCAAAGGACGAAGAGAACACGGCAGGUCAGAAAUUGAGAAACCAGUCUGACUGCUGAAAAUAAUAAACCGCCUAAAUGCAGCUCCGGCCCACGAAGUUCAGCUCUGGCGGCAGUUUGGCAAUGCCAGCUUUCCCCACGUUGAGCAGCAAGCACCACGGGUGAUGUUAUUGCUACACGCGGCAUUACUCGCUUUCCCGGCAAAGCAGCUGCAUCACCAGAUGCCCUCACACCGCCCGGCCUUAUCCAGGACGGGGAGCAGCACCCUUUCGCUGCCCGGGCUGAGGGCACUCAACAGACUGCAAGUAAUAUUACAACAUUUGAAAAUGUCUAAGCAAACAGAUUCGACACCAGAAGUGUUGUUGGAAAAGAAAGGAGGUGCAGGAAUAAUAACUUUGAAUAGACCCAAGGCUCUCAAUGCACUAAAUCUGCCUAUGAUCCAACAAAUUUAUCCUCAAAUAAAGACGUGGGAGCAAGAUCCUGAAACUUUUCUGAUAAUUAUAAAGGGAACUGGAGGAAAAGCUUUUUGUGCUGGGGGUGAUAUCCGAGCCAUCACAGAAGCAGGAAAAGUUGGAGAUAAACUGACACAAGAUUUCUUCAGAGGAGAAUAUAGACUGAACAAUGCCAUUGGCACCUGCAAGAAGCCAUAUGUGGCACUUAUCGAUGGCAUUACAAUGGGAGGGGGGGUUGGUGUCUCAGUCCAUGGACAUUUUCGAGUUGCUACAGAAAAGACUGUUUUUGCCAUGCCAGAAACAGCAAUAGGCCUUUUCCCUGAUGUAGGUGGAGGGUAUUUCUUGCCAAGGCUCUCAGGAAAGAUCGGCUAUUACCUGGCACUGACAGGAUGCAGGCUGAAAGGAAGAGAUGUGCUGAGAGUUGGCAUCGCAACGCAUUUUGUGGAAUCUGCAAAGCUACCUGCCUUGGAGAAAGACCUGAUUGCACUGAAAUCUCCUUCAAAAGAAAAAAUUGCAGAUUUAUUGAACUCUUACCACAUGAAGUGCACAAUUGAUCAAGAAAAGGAGUUUGUACUUGCUGAACAUAUGGAGAAGAUCAACAGUCUAUUUUCAGCAAAUAGUAUGGAGGAAAUUGUUAAGAAAUUAAAGCAAGAUGGUUCUCCUUUUGCCAUGAAGGAGCUAGAGACUAUUAAUAAGAUGUCACCUACGUCUUUAAAGCUGACUCUCAGACAGCUCAGAGAAGGAGCUUCCAUGAGCUUACAGGAGGUACUGCAGAUGGAAUACAGACUGAGCCAAGCGUGCAUGAAAGGCCAUGACUUCUAUGAAGGGGUUCGAGCAGUGCUGAUUGACAAAGACCAGUCCCCCAGAUGGAAGCCAGCUGCUCUAGAAGAAGUCAGCGAGGAAUUUGUGGACAACUGUUUCAAACCGCUGGGAAACGACGAUCUCAAGCUGUAAAGAUCAAACCUGUUGACAUCUUGUCUAUCUGAUACAAAAAUUAAUAGUAGUGUGAUCAAUUUGGACAAGACUUUUUUAGCUAGCCCGAGAUUCUCAAGGCUAUUUUUUUUUUUUUGGCAUUCAGGAACAUUCCCUGUAAUGAGAAAACAAUUGUAUCUCUGUUUAAUAAUGGGAAAAAUCACUUCCAGGCAAAUUGUUAUUUUUACUGCGUUACACAGUGAUUAACAUUUAAUUUUUUUGCAUCAACUCUUAGUUUAGGAGGAGCCCUUGGGGAAGAGGGCACAGUUAAAGGGCUAACUUAAUAAGCAAAAAGUCAAGAGACCUUUCAUGUUCUUGGCUCUGUCACUGGCCUGGUAAAUUGGGAUUGUGCCACAGAUUCUUCUGCAUACAAUGAAAAUAAAAUAUGGUUAAACCUUUAAUGCAGUCAGGGCUACAAAGGAAAAGGCAAGACAGAAUCCAUGGUGUUAAAUAUCCUUUUAAAUAAAAGCUCAGACUGAUACAUUAUUAGUCUGAGAACAAGAAAUUGUUCUGUUGA